AUGGUGCUGGUCUUGUUUGAGACGGCCGUGGGCUUUUGCCUGUUUUCUAUGUCUGAUGAAGCCAAACUUAGCUCACCUGAUUUGUACAAGCAUUUUGAGAGCGAAACAGAGGCGAAUCGCCUUCUGCAGCUCUCAGCUAUUCACCGCUUUCAGAGCACCGUCGAAGCCGUCGAAGGGGCGACGGCUGUGAACGAGGGCAAGCUGAGCAAGGGCCUGAAGAACUUCUUGACGUCCGAGAUUCUUGAGAAAGGUGGCGCUGCUGGUACUAAGGGUGGCAAGGGCGUCAAUCUGAUUGUGUCAGAGCCUAAGCUGGCGUCCACGAUCAACAAGAAGCUGGGAAUUCAGGUCACGGCUGAGUCGAGUUUAAUGGAUCUGUAUCGCGGUAUCCGAGAAAAUCUCGCCUCGCUCUUGUCGGCUAACUCGCCGGAGGCAGGAGCUCUUGACCCACGCGACCUCAACACGAUGAGUUUGGGUCUCUCUCACAGCUUGAGUCGCUACAAGCUCAAGUUCAGCCCUGAUAAAGUGGAUACAAUGGUGGUCCAAGCUAUUGCGCUCUUGGAUGAUCUCGACAAGGAACUGAAUAUCUAUGCUAUGCGCGUCAAAGAAUGGUACGGCUGGCAUUUCCCCGAAAUGGGCAAGAUUAUCACGGAUAACAUUGCAUAUGCCAAGGUCGUUCGUGCCGUUGGUUUCCGUACUAAUGCAUCAUCGUGCGACCUGUCUGACAUCUUGCCUGAGGAGGUCGAGCAGACCCUCAAGGCUGCCGCUGAGAUCUCCAUGGGUACCGAAGUGAGUGACUCCGACAUGGAGCACAUUUGGAGCCUGUGUGAUCAAGUCGUCUCGAUAAGCGAAUACCGUGCACAGCUGUACUCGUAUCUGUGCAACCGCAUGUCUGCCAUUGCGCCCAAUUUGACGGCGCUGGUCGGUGAGCUGGUCGGCGCUCGCUUGAUAUCCCAUGCCGGCUCGAUUAUGAACCUGGCUAAGCAGCCGGCCAGCACCAUCCAGAUCCUGGGCGCCGAGAAGGCCCUAUUCCGUGCACUGAAGACGAAGCAUGAUACGCCCAAGUACGGCCUGCUGUACCACUCCAGUCUUGUGGGUAUGGCGCCCCCCAAAAUGAAGGGUAAGAUGGCUCGUAUGGUGGCAACGAAGGCAGCUCUAUCGACUCGCCUUGAUGCCUUGGCGGAUGCUGAUUCCAAGUCAGACCUAUCGGCUCCUACGAUUGGCGCCGAAUCGCGUGCCAAGCUUGAGGCUCGGGCGCGUGGCCUUGACCAUGUGCAAUCCAUCAGUGGCAUUCGUGCGAAUCGGGGUGCUGACGACGGCUACAAGCAAAAGGCCUUUGCGAUGGAGUCUGGUGGCCGGGGAUACAAUGCGGGUGCGGAUGCGCCGCCGGUCGUGACGGGUGUCGCUGAUGAUGACGACGAAGAAGAAGAAGAAGAAGAGGAGGAGGAAAAAGAGCCCAAGAAGGAAAAGAAAGAAAAGAAGGAGAAGAAGGAGAAAAAAGAGAAGAAGGAAAAGAAGGAAAAGAAAGACAAGAAGGAGAAAAAGGCCAAGCGGUCCGCAUCCGAUUUGGACGACGAUGCCUCUUCCAAGAAGAAGAAGAAAAAGUCGAGUGCAUAG